UCUCUCAGAAGCAUUUCCUUUGCGGGGGGCCUGGGAGAGGUGGCAGUCAGCAGUGCAACUGUUGGCACAGCAGCCCGGCGGCCCCGGAAGGUCCCAGGUGUCACACUCCUCAGGUAGUUCAGCUCACCUGUGAAACUGAGAGCCCUGGAUGGUGAAGAAAGGAAACUAGCAAAGGAUCCAGGUCUCCUACUGUUCAGUCAGAUCUGCUCACCUGUUGAUCAGAACUAAGAGCCCUGGAUGGUGAACANAGAGGAAACUAUAGCCAAGGAACCAGGUAAGAGUAACAAGAAGAAUGAAUGCUUCUCUCCUAAAUGCUCCUCAGGAAAACACUUUUGCUCAGGAGCGUAUGAUGAACAGGUAAUUUUCCAUUACAGAGUCAGUUAACAUUCAAGGACGUGGCUGUGGACUUCUCACAGGAGGAAUGGGAAUGUCUUGACUGUGUUCAGAGGGCAUUAUACAUAGAGGUGAUGUUGGAGAAUUAUAAUAAUCUGUUUUUUGUGGAGAAUCAUUGCAUGUGUCCUAAAUUUGAGAACAUGUUUGAUCAAGACCUACAGCAUAUUGUCCACGAACAUCUAAAUACCCAAGUGAAAUCUUAUGAAUGUCAUGAGCUUGACAAAAUCAUCCAUGAGUCCACUGGAAGUACACCUUAUAAAACUAACCUCAGGGCUACAUCUGUUGAAUCAUCAAACCUAACCAUACAUGAAACUGAAAACAACAGACAACCUUGCAAAGAUAAAAAUCAUGUAAACUGUUUCAAUUUGUGCUCUACCAUUAGUCUAAAUCACGGAAUCCACAUAGGAAAGCAAGAAUACAAUGGUGCAAAGCUUGAUAAGGUUUUUGACUCUAAAGAAACCCUNAUGUUGAAACAAACCNAAAGUGNAAAGAAACCUUACAANUGUAGUGAANGUGCCAAAUGUUUUGCCAAGAAAUGCUGGUUUAGAAAACAUCAGACAACUCAUACAGGAGAAAAAUUUUACAAAUGUAAUGAAUGUGACAAAUCCUUUACCCAAAAAGGCAGUCUUAGUAUUCAUCAGAGGUAUCAUACAGGAAAGAAACCUUACAAAUGUAGUGAAUGUGAGAAAUGCUUCAUUCAAGUUGGUGAUCUUAGAAGACAUCAGAGAAUUCAUACAGGAGAGAAACCUUACCAAUGUAAUGAAUGUGAAAAAUGCUUUAGCUACAAAAGCAGCCUUAGAUGUCACCAGAGAAUUCAUACAGGAGAGAAGCCUUACAAAUGUAGUGAAUGUGACAAAUGCUUUUCCCACAAAGGCAGUCUUAGUAUUCAUCUGAGAAUUCAUACAGGAGAGAAACCUUACAAAUGUAGUGAAUGUGACAAAAGCUUUACCCAAAAAGGCAGUCUUAGUAUUCAUCAGAGAAUUCAUGUAGGAGAGAAACCUUACAAAUGUAGUGAAUGUGACAAAGGCUUUACUCUAAAAUGCAGUCUUAUCAUUCAUCAAAUAAUUCACACAGGAAAGAAAGCUUACAAAUGUAGUGAAUGUGACAAAUGCUUUUCCCUCAAAAGUGAUCUUAGUAUUCAUCAAAGAAUUCAUACAGGAGAAAAACUUUAUAGAUGUAGUGAGUGUGACAAAUGCUUUACAAAGAAAUAUCGUCUUAGAAGUCAUCAGACAAUUCAUACAGGAGAGAAACCUUACAAGUGCAGUGAAUGUGACAAAUCUUUUACCCUGAAAGGCCAUCUUAGAAUUCAUCAACGAAUUCAUACAGGAGAGAAACCUUACAAAUGUAGUGAAUGUGACAAAUGCUUUACUCAAAAAUGCAGUCUUAUUAUUCACCAGAGAAUUCAUGCUGGAGAAAAACCCUACAAAUGUAGUGAAUGUGACAAAUACUACACUCGAAAAAGCCAUCUUAUUGUUCAUCAGCGCAUUCACAUAGGAGAAAAACCUUACAAAUGCAGUGAAUGUAACAAAUGCUUUACCAACAAAUAUUGUCUUAGAACUCAUCAGAGAAUACAUUCAGCUAAUAAACCUUACAAAUGUAAUGAAUGUGGCAAAUCUUUUGCCCUGAAUGCCAGGCUCAGGUGUCAUCGGAUAAUUCAUACAGGAGAAAAACCAUACAAAUGUAGUAAAUGUGGUAAAUACUUUACCCAAAAAGGAAGUCUUAUAAUUCAUCAGAGAAUUCAUACAGGAGAGAAACCUUACAAAUGCAGUGAAUGUGACAAGUACUUUACCCGAAAAAGCAGUCUUAAUGUGCACCAGAGAGUUCAUACAGGAGAGAAACCUUACAAAUGUAGUGAAUGUGACAAAUACUUUUCCCAUAAAGGUGAUCUUAGAAAACAUCAGAGAAUUCAUACAGGAGAAAGCACCUUACAAAUGUGAAUGUGACAUGUGCUUUACCCAAAAAUUCAAUCGUCAUCUUCAUUUGAGAAUUCAUACAGGAGAGAAGCCUUACAAAUAUAGUGAAUGUGACAAAUGCUUUACCUCUAAAAGCAGUCUUAAAAUUCAUCAGAGAAUUCAUGCAGAAGAAAAUCUUAAAAAUAUAAUGAAUGUGACAAAUGCUUUAGCCAAAAAUGAUCACUUAUCAGAGAAUGCAUACAGUAGACACCUUCACAAAUGAAGUGAAUGAGAAAAAUCCAUUCCCAAAGAUCACCUUAGAAUUCAUCAGAGACUACAUAUAGGAGAAGGAACUUAUAAAUAUAGUAAAUGUUCAAAUCCUUCAGUGUUGGUUCACCACUUAAAAUACAUCAAACAAUGCAUUCAGGAUUAAAAAAAUAACCCUUCUGAAUGUGAUAUAUGAGGAAAGGUCUUUACCCAAAUCUCAGACCUAAGAAAAUACCUGGUUAUUUAUAUUCAGAAAAAAAGUGUCCACUGGAAAAACUAUGGCAUGUGCUUUAUUCCAGCAGUAUUGUUUGCAACACUUGAAGCUCUACACUAGAGAAUUAUUAUAUGUGUGAGGAAGUUGGGAAAACAUUUAAGUAAUCCUCAAACCUUAGGAGCAACUCAGGGUUUAUGCUCAGAGAAACUGAAAAUGCAGCAAUGAAGGAAAUCUUUCAUUAAAAGUUUUUACUUGUUCACUUUUAAAUAUGUCAUGAUGGAGAAGCUAAAAGAAUAUGGAGUUGUAUAAACAUUCCUGGAGACUGAAUGGAUCUAUUUCAAAGAGAAGCUGUGAAAUACAUGCCUCAAAUAGCUAAUGAAACUGACAGCAUUCUGUAUGUUUAACUCAAAUGAACAUACUCAAAUUAUACUUCUUAAAAGAGGAUUUGAAAAACUGAGCCACAAAGAUAGGGUGAUCUUUAUCCUGUAGAGACGCCUACAUAUAUUUGUUCCCAGUGUCCAGUAUUCAUUAUCUGUAUCUUAUGCUGGUUUUCAGUUUCAGGAUAGCAAUUGUCUUUGAGUCCCUUGUGCUCUCAUUUACUAACUGCUUCCCCUACAUCCUGUAUGUGACUCCAAUAAAUCUCAUUGGUUUAACAAGUUGAA